AUGGAAGGCGGCGGCGUCUCGGCUUUAUGGCGAAGAACCGGGCUGCCAGCGCUUUGCUUUCGGGCUCGUCAGUAUCCGCUCAUCUGCUGCCUGCUCGCCGCCAUGUUGGCCGCCUCCGUCCUGCUCCUGCUCAACAGGUACAUCCACGUCCUGAUGGGGUUGUGGUCCUUGGCGGCGGGCGCGCUCACCUUUUACUGGACUCUGGAACCAGACUCGCUGCUGCCCAACGUCUUGUUCGCUACUCAGUCUCCAAGCAAAGGGCAGGAGUUGUUUUCUUUGGGUGGCAGCUGCGCCGUCUGCGGGAAGGUCAAGUGCAAGCGCCAUCGUCCGACAUUGCUGCUGGAGAACUUCCAGCCGUGGUUGGGACUUCAUGUUCACUCCAAGGUGGACGCUGCCAUUGCAGAGGUGUUCGAGCUAGUCCUGGAGAACUUUGUGUAUCCGUGGUACCGGGACAUCACGGACGACGAGGCGUGCGUGGACCAACUCCGUUUGAGUUUCCGCUACAUGGCGUCCGCGUUGGUGCGCCGGGCUCAGAAGGUGGACCUCCCCGGCGCUUUCGCGGGUCGCGUGAUGAAAGCCGCCGUCAAGCACGUGGAGGUUCUCGCCAGGGCUCGCGCUCGAGUCUGCCCAGGUGUGACGCUGCAGCAGGCGGCUCUGGAGGAAUACGGCGCCGACCUCCACGUGGCCACGCGUUGCCGGCGGGACGAGCUGCUCUACCUCCGCAAACUCAGCGAGAUGCUCUUCCCAUACUUGAUGCCCCCGAAAGCUACGGAGUGCAGGUCGCUGGCGCUGCUACUACGGGAGGUGAUGUCUGGUUCCGUCAUGCUGCCCGCCAUGGACUUCGCGGCCGACCCAGACACUGUCAACUUGAUGGUGUUGAAGUUUGUCGACAACACCCCGCCCGAAGCCGCCACCGAAGCGCCAUCCGCCUGUGUUCCUUUCCUGCACAAAUACGCAGACCGCAGCGGCGACAAGCCCUCCGUUCUCAAGUUGGAGCUGAAGGAGAUCCGAGAGCAGCAGGACCUUCUGUUCCGCUUCAUCAACUUCCUGAAGCAGGAGGGCGCCGUGCACGUGCUUCAGUUCUGCCUGGCCGCGGAGGAGCUCAACGACAAGAUCUUGAGGCCGGAGCUGUGCGACUCGGAGCUGCGGCGUCUGCAUGGCGAGGUGGCGCACAUCUACCGGACGUACUGCGCGGACGACAGCGUGGACAAGAUCAAUUUAGACGGCUCCAUUGUCGAAGAUAUCAGAAACGUUGCCUUGGGCCCGUACCAGGCGGUGAUCAAGCUGCAGACGUCCCGCUGCCUUUUCGAAGCCUACGAGCAUGUCCUGUCUCUCCUGGAGAAUGUCUUUACGCCCAUGUUCUGCCACAGCGACGAGUAUUUCAGACACCUGCUGAAAGGAGCCGAGUCGCCGUCCAGGAGUUCGCGCUCGGGCAGGAACACCUCCAAGCGCGGCGAGUCCUUUCGGAUCGGUAGGAUCGGCAGUAAAAUCAAAGGCGUGUUCAGGAACGCCACCGUGGACGGCGCCGUCCUGCCGCCCGGCGUCACCACCGACGAUGACGCGGGCGCUGUGGAAGAGGCCACGGCGGUAACCGAGGACGCGGCGCCCGCCGCUCCCGUCUCCACGGGGGGCGGCCUAAGGAAGCUGUCUGCCUGGACCGUCACCAUUCCGUACGUGGAUUUGGACGACGACGACACCAAGAGGGAGAGGAUUCCUGUCUUCUGCAUCGAUGUGGAGCGUAAAGACAGAAAGGAAGUGGGACACGAUCCCGACAGGUGGUCGGUCCACAGAAGAUACCUGGAGUUCUACGUGCUGGAGUCCAAGCUGACCGAGUUUCACGGCGCUUUCGCCGACACGCAGCUGCCCCCCAAACGCAUCCUCGGCCCCAAGAACCACGAGUUUCUUACCUCCAAGAGGGAAGACUUUGAGGGCUACUUACAGAAGCUCCUGCGCUAUCCGGAGCUGAGCAACAGUCAGCUGCUGGCCGACUUCCUGUCCCCUCACAGCGAGGAGUCGCAGUUUGCGGACAGGAUACUUCCCGACGUCAACUUGGGCAAAAUUUUCAAGUCUGUUCCAGGGAAGUUGAUGAAGGAGAAAGGUCAGAAUCUGGAGCCCUUUCUCCAGUCCUUUUUCAACUCCUGUGAGUCUCCCAAAGCCAAACCCGGGCGGGGGGAUCUGACGGCGGUCAGCUCCGGCGCCCGCACCGACAAACGGCUCCUCAACAGAAUCUUCGGGGACGGCAGCGUUGACGAGGCGGCCCUCGCCCAGAGACCGGACCGCCACGCGGAGGAGCCGGUCGGCGUGGAAGGCGCGUACGACCACGUGACGCACGUGGGACGACUGGUGUUCGGCGCGCCGCAUUGGUUGCAUCGCUUCUUGUCGGCCGGCAGGAUCCUCCUGAAGGAUACCUUUGACGCCUACGUGGAGCAGUACCUGCGCAACAAGCUGGACGCCGUCCUGCAGGAGCACCGCCUCGUCUCGCUCAUCACCCAGCUACGAGACGCCAUCUUCUACGAAAGCGCGGAGGAGCGCAGCGCGGUGGCCAAGAAGGCACGGGCCGAGCUGACUUUGGAGGAGAUGACGGCGUAUCUGCCCGACGUGGUGGGCGUGUUCGUGGGCGAGGAGGCCAAAUGCGAGGGCGUCAGGCUCCUCUUUGAGGGUCUUCAGCAGCCGCUCCUCAACAAGCAGAUGUCCUACGUGUUGCUGGACCUGGCCGUGCUGGAGAUCUUCCCUGAACUGCGUUAA